AUGGCCGGUCUCAAAACCAUCAUCGCCCUCUCCUUCGUCCUCGCGAUCGGCUUCCUCCUCGUGAUCCUCUCCUCCGCGCUCUUCGGAAACUACUUCCCCCUACUCGUCGUCGCAACCUACUGCCUCGCCCCACUCCCCAACGCCGUCUGCUCGCGCUGGAGCAACCCCGACGACUUCGAGAGCACAGGCCCCGGGCUGGACCUCGGCCGCUUCCUAACAGGCUUCUUUGUCGUCAUGGGGAUUGCUCUCCCGGCGGCGCUGGCACACUCGGGAAUCAUCCAGGUGUCGGCCAUGGUCAUGUCGAUUCUUGGCGGCCUGCUCAUCUACGGGACCAUCAUCUCGUUCACGAUGUUCUUUCAGGAGGAGUCGGACUUCUAG